AUGGAAAAGAAUUCUGAUCUGGAAAGACGGAUUGAAAAUUCUGGUUGCUGGGAUUACAAUCUCAUAUUCAGUCUCUUUGACAGCACUACAGCAGGCUACAUCCUCGAUAUUUCUAUUCAUCAUCACUGCGAAGAUAGACUGGUCUGGACACUGGAGAGUAACGGUGCUUUCUCAGUAAAAUCAGCUUAUCGCAAAAUGUUUGAGGAGAAAAAUAUAACCAACACAGUUGGCCAACGUAUGAAUUCUAUCUUCAAGAGACUUUGGAAACUUCCCCUCACACAGUUUGCUUGGAAAUGCAUAAGGACAUUCUUCCUUCUAAAGAUAAACUUACACACUUCAUUGAACCAGAUGAUUCCUGCUGUUCUUUCUGUUCCACUCAUUUUGAAACGAGCACUCACUGCAUCCUUGAAUGCGACACUGCUAAAAGGGUUUGGUUUGUCACUCUUGGUUUACAAAGUUUAUGUGGAUCGUCUUUACAAGAAACUCUAUGUGAACUGGUGGAUAGACUUUUGGCGCAUCAGAUACAAGAAGCUGAACUAUGCAAAAUUAUUAUUGUUGCAUGGUGUACGUAUCUGGAAUGAGCGCUGUGACAAGACUUACAAAGGAAGAAAUGUCACUACAGAUUCAAUUAUCCGUAGAUGCAGGAAAGAUAUCUUAGAUUUCGAAAACAAGCUCCAAUCUUCUCGUAACUCAGUUCCUGCUCAACCUCGAGUUGGUCUGCAUUGGUGUCCUCCUUCAAGAGGAAUUUUUAAAAUUAACUGUGAUGGUUGUUUCUUACUUAAUGAUAAUACUGGAGGCAUUGGACUGAUUUUACAUGAUUUUGCAGGGGGCUCAAAGUAUAUCUACCUAGCUAAAGCUACAGGACCAGUCCAAGCUGAAUGUAAAGCUUUGUGGGAGGCUUGUCGAUGGGCAAAAGAAUUAAACCUGGAGAAAGUGGUAUUUGAGUUAGACUCAAAGUUGGUUGCGGAUGCUGUUGUCAAAACUUCUUUCAACGUGGAUUGUAGAAUUUAUAAUUUAGUUCUAGAUAUUAGGUCUUUAUUUAGUAUGUUCACCUCUUGGAAAUGUCUUUGUGUGCCAAAAGAGAAAAAUAAAGUCGCAGACAUAUUAUCUAAAUCUGCUAGAGUUGAUAGACUUUGUGGUGUUUGGUUGUUAGAUCCUCCUGAUUACAUUAUCAUGUAG